AUGGAAUCGAUGUUCUAUCCAGGGCUGACAAAUGCUGCUCCGCGGCAAGGUUUAGCAAGCAGGGGUAAGAAUCACAUAAUUCUUGUGGGUAGGAGAUAUGAUAUAAAAGCUGUCCUCGUACGUCUUCAUGGCGUAAAAAAUUCACUCACAAUCGAACAACUUGAACCUUGGUGUACACGGAAUCAGCACGUACAGAACGCAAUGGCUCAAACUCGCAUUCUCCUGACCGGGGCUACGGGCUACAUUGGUGGCUCGGUCCUAACCACCCUCAAGGCCAGUACUGCCGUUGAAGUACAGAGUGCACAGAUCGACGUCCUCAUCCGCGGGCCGGAGAGGGUUCCGGAGUUCGAAAACCUCGGGGUUGGAGUCAUUGUCUUCACGAGCUUAGAUGAGACGGAAUUCAUUCGGAAGCUCGCGAGCGACUAUGAUGUCAUUGUCAACACCGCUUCCGCUUUUCACACUGAAUCCGCUAUUGCCAUGAUCACUGGUCUUCAUGAGAGAGAGACCAAGACGGGCCAGAAAACCCACUUUAUCCAUGUGAGCUAG